AGCUCAGUUCAGUCAGUAGUGCUGCUGCGUUGCGAUCGUUCAGACGUGAUUUGUAGACAAAUUUCCUCCUCUCGCGCAGGGUUCGUUUCGUUCGUUCGUUCGUUCGAGGCAAACAAACAGCUACAGCGAUUGCAGCAGGUUGGUUGGUUGGUGCGCGCGGACAAGCUCAGUUCAGCAGACGGCGUGUGACUUUGUGUUUGGUGCUUAUUACUUUUGUUUGUUCUGUCUUCUUGGUUUGGCUUCGGCUAGGCCUGUGAUGCGUACGCACGCCAGUCUGUGAGAACGCGAUCGAGUGCACUUUUUUAUCCGGUUCUAGACUGCUGCCACCUUCGGGAAGAAAGCUAGAGGAUUACUGGAAUUGGAUAGUGAGUGAGAGGAAAGCUAAAGAAUCACGAAUUUGAAUUGCUGUACGCCUAGAAGCGAGUGCCAAGCAAAGUGAAGAUUUUGGCGCCGAACAGCGUCCAUGUGACAGGGAGAAAACUGCAACGACUCAAUUGGUUAGUGCAUCGUGAGUGCAAUUGGUUCAUUGAGAUCAAUUGAGAUCACCCGGCCUGAAGACGGGAACAUCAGCAGCAGCAAUUGCGCAAAACAACGACUGAAAUACAUAAGCGUAACUAGGUCAUACCUCUAGGGGGGGCCAAGGCCAUGUCGAUGUAGAUUUUUUAUACUAAAAACACACUUUUCGUCUGAAUUGCGAGAUUUUUUUCCGAAAUGGAUUUUUCUGGAGGGGGCCAGGCCCCCCCUGGCCACCCCCUAUUUACGCCAAUGCUGAAAUAGGUAACGGAGCAAUAACAAUUGAGUGCAAUUGUCUUGACAGUGCGUGUGGUUCGUUACGACGGCUCUAGUACGGCCAAAGGGGGGAGUUUAAUCAGUGAAAAAUGAAUUUUCAUCAAUUCAUGAAAAGCCCCGAUUAAGUUUACGCAAGACGCAGUAAGAAACACAGAGAAGAUCUCCACAAAGAAACGAAGUGUGUUCAAAUUCAAAUUGUGAAAAUACUCAACAUUAGAAUCAAAGAAUCUUGAGUGAUCAAAUAGAUAGUGACCGAAAAUGGCAAUUCCAUUCUUGCAACCGGAAGAGGACGAAAGCGCCCGGCACCACGGUACUAAUGGGCUCAAUACAACAGCUGCCCAUGCCGGUGUUGGAGCUGGUGCUGGAAGUAGCGGCACCGGUAGUGCUAGUGCAAGUGGUAGUGGUGCCGUUGUUGUUGGUGGAGCCGGUAGUAGCAGCGGAGGCGCCGUAAUGUUGGCUGGUGCUACCGGGCCACUGCCAGUUCCAAACUCGCCGGCUGCUCCCAUCAUCAGCAGUGGGACAUCGACCGCGGUGCAGACGCCCCUCAUCGGGCCGAUGAACAGCGAUCAGUUGGUGCAGCUUUUCUACGAGGCGCUCUAUCGUUAUUCGAGAGGAGAUACCCCUUCGACGCCGAUCUCGCAGUCACCGCAAAGUUCGUCCUGCAGUCCAUUCACCACCGGGUAUUACAACAGCGGAGGUGGAGGAAGUGCAGGAUACGCCAACGCCACCACCACCGGCCAGGUGUUCUUCCCACAAACCCCCAACGGAGUGUUUCGUCCGGGUGGUGGUGGUGGCAUCGGAAGCUACGGAGCUACUACAGGAGGAGUGUUCUUCGGACAGCCACCAACCCCAAGUCCCAGUGGAAGCAGUAGCCACAGCAGCCAACACAGUGCCAACAGUCCGGAAACGGCGGCCUGCUCAUCCGCGCCACCGAUUAUUCACCACUUUCCAUCGAGCUACCAACUGCCCAGCACCUCUAACGCCAGCACCGCAACCACCUGGCCCCACGUUCCCAGUGGACACCUUGGAGAUGGAGAUGAUUCGAGCGAAUCGGAUUCGUCUCAGCCAUCAUCCGGUUCGGAUGGGGACAGUAUAACCGCCCCCAUCGCCGGAUGCAGCCCGCACUGUCUAGGACUGCUGGGACCGCCACAUCACCAUCUGCAUGAACUCCUCGAUGCUGCUGCUGCUGCUGGAAGUGGUAGCAGCACCGGCGUCAGUGGCAGUUUCAACAAUGGCAGUAGCAGCAGCAGCAGCAGUAGCAACAGCGCCGGUGGUAGUAGCGCUAUGGUGCCGAUGAGUGGGUACAUUCCACCGCAUUUGGACUAUAUGGCUGGGCGCGAACAGCUGCAGGAGUUUGCCGGCAAGAUCCCCCAGCGCAAGAAGAAAUCAUCGUCGUCCAAAUCUUCGAGCAAGUCCAAGAAAUCCAAGUUUCUGGAGCAAACCCUCGUCUGGCCAACACUGGCCGUGACCGCCACGCUGAUCGCCCUUGGGUGUGGCCUACUAGCUGCCAGGUGAACCCCACGUCCAGAAGCCGAGAGCCGAGUGAUGAAGAUGCUGUGGAAUGUAAACGGAACCCAAGUGCCUUCGUAGAUCAUCGUGUCGUAGUAAAACAGGUCUAAUGAGAGUGUGUUGUACUCCUUCAUCCGAUCCAGUUCAAUCCGAAACCAAGUGUAGUAAACGAUGUCGUCACGCCAGGGAGACCUCAAGUUCAGCCCGGAGGAGCGCCACCUGGUUGAAGUGUCCCAGUUCGUCGUUUCCUGAAGCGCAAAUGAGCGCGAAAGUAGUCACUUCGAUUGGGUGUCCUUGCAUUGAUGUGGCAGUAACUUGAGGUUUAUAAGAUGCAAAAGACUAUAGGACAGGAAAGUCGUCGGAUGUAACACUCAGUAGACAAUUUUUUAUAACGUAAAAUUCUUACCAGAAUAGAUUCAUAACAAAAAUCAAAAAAAUCAGUGACGGUUUAGCAUUUAAGGUUUAGCAACGUAAGGAACGAUUUCAAAGAUGAAACAAUUUUUAAUCCAUUUGAAGGAUUGUGAUCUCGAUUUUUACCCCUCAUUGAAAGUUUUUAUGUUCAGUUUAUGCAUGUUUUUUUAACUUUCUUUUAUCCUCUACGAAAGGCGUUAUUGAAUUCGAAGCCAAGCCAAAAGUGAUUGUGAUUGUCCUUUUUAAGUUGUUAUUUUCCCCGGGAACAGCCAGAAAUUAGGAAGCAUGUUUUCCUUGUUUUUUUUUUAUAUUCUCGUUCAGCAAAGCAUUUGGAAACGAAUCCAACAAGUUUAUUAGGAUGUAAGUAAAGAAGUGAACUUUUUUUUAAGUAGUUUAUGUGUAACAGUUAUAAUUAGCUAAUAAAGAUUUCGUUACUUUUUAA